AUGGCGCUGAGCCAGUCCCGGACGUGGCUGUGGCAUUACGGCGAAGGCCACGAGACGAACGAGGCGUCACCGAGAAUCACGGAAGCCAGAGCGGUGCUGAAGGCGGCAUGGAACAAGACCAAAGCGUCACCGAGCCGUGGCAUGAGCGACGGCGUCCUGGAUAAGGCCAAAGGGGUACCGAGCCACGACACCGAACAAGGCGACGAGUUGCUGUGGCAACAUCACCAAUUACCAAAGGCAUUGCCGAAACCGUCACCGACUCAGCCGUCACCGAAAGGUCACGGGCAAGGACACAAUGCCAGAAACGGGGCCACCGAGUGGCGGAUCGAAAGAUCACGAUUCGAGGACCGACCAAGCAUGAGGCACAGGCAAGCCUUUGCGGCCGAGACACGAGCAAUUGCAAAGCGGUCACCGAAAGGUAUCAACAGAGCCACCGAACAAGCGUCACUCUUUGCGGACACUCAGGAACGGAGCAAGGCACACCGGACAAAGCAGUCACGGACAAGGCCUCCUGAGAGGACAGCACCGGAGAUGCGAUUCGGAAGGGAAGAAGCUCCGGAAGAGCACGAGAAGGCAAGAAGUGACAGCACAAGGAGUCAGCACCGAACUGCAGCACUAAUCGGCCGGGACCGAAGAUAG